GAUUGAUUUACCGAAAUGGAUACACGUUGGGUUGUCUUCAUUUUUAGUCUUCUAUCAGCGACGUGUGGUUGGGCUGAGAAACAAAGGAAGUUUAAAGAUGACUUCCUCUUUGGUGUCUCCACAUCAGCUUAUCAGAUUGAGGGAGGAUGGAAUGAAGACGGAAAAGGGGAAAGUAUAUGGGACCACCACCUCCACAAGCACCCCGAAGUAGUAAUUGACUUUGUGAAUGGGGAUGUGGCCUGUGACUCCUACCAUCUUUACAAGAGAGAUGUGGAGAUGCUCCGGGAACUUGGAGUGGAUUUCUAUCGGUUCUCAAUCUCUUGGAGUAGAGUAUUGCCUACAGGUUUGCCCAACACUAUAAACGAGGCUGGUUUCGCGUACUACGAUAAUCUGAUAGAUGAACUGUUGAAGUACAACAUUAUACCCAUGGUUACUUUGUACCACUUUGAAUUGCCGCAGCGGCUGCAGUUGCUUGGUGGUUGGAGUAAUCCCCUGUCUGUGCAAUGGUUCCAAGAUUACGCCGGACAAGUAUUUAAAAGGUACGCAAACAAAGUGAAAUAUUGGAUAACUAUCAACCAGCCUUCAGUUUGUAUGGAGCCCUAUGCGCCGCCUGCUUUGGGCGACGAGGACGCCGUUGGAGCGUAUAUUUGUGUGAAACAUAUCUUGCUCGCACAUGCGGCUGCUUAUCGCUUAUAUGAGAAGGAGUAUAAGAAGAAAUAUAAAGGUCAAGUUGGUAUAUCGUUAUCUUUGAACCUAUACGACCCGGUCGAUAACAGAACUGAAAGUGAAGAGGCUGCUGAACGAGCACGACAAUUCGCGUCCGGUCUAUACCUCAACCCGAUAUGGUCGAAGGAAGGCGGCUUCCCUUCUGUUGUAAAAGAAUUAGUCGCUAAGGUAAGCAAAAAAGAAGGAUUUCCAAAGUCGCGGUUGCCUGAAUUCACUGAAGAAGAAAAUAAGGCCUUGAAAGGCUCAGCUGACUUCCUCGGUAUGAAUCACUACACUACAUUUUUGGUUUACCCAGAGAGUGAGAAGAAUGUUGGGGAACUUUGGUACAUAGGAGAUCUUGAUGUCAGAAUUACAAGGGGCGAAAAGUGGGAGGAGGCUAUGAGUCCUUGGCUUAAGUCGGCCCCCUACGGACUCUACAAAGCGUGUCUCUACUUAAAUAAACACUAUGACUACCCACAAAUUAUAAUAACGGAACACGGUUGGUCAACUGACACCGGUUUGAAUGACACAGGCAGGAUUACCGUCAUGAAGGAGUAUUUUAAAGCGUUGCUAUUGGCUAUUGAAGACGGCACGGAGGUGAAAGGAUAUUCUUAUUGGAGCUUGAUGGAUAACCUCGAAUGGAUUUCCGGUAUUAUGGAACGUUUCGGCCUAUACGAAGUGGAUUUCCACUCGGAAAACAAAACACGCACAGCACGAAAAUCGGCCCUCUUCUACAAACACACAAUUGAGAAAAAAAUUAUUGAUGAAAGCUGGGACAUUGAUGACAAGGACUUCAAGAUAGAAAUAUCGGAUAGACGAAUGAAGAAGAAGAAAGAUGAGCUGUAAUGAAACUUGAACCAUAAGAACAUUAACCCAAAUUACUACAUAUGCUUUUAAAGUGACAAACGUAUGGUUGAGAUGGGGAUAAAAAUAAAACUCACGGUUGCAUGACCACAACUAAUUUAUAUUUCAUACCUUUGGUAUAAUAAAGC